ACUUUCUAACGAUUCGAAAGUUCAUUUUAAUUCGAAACUUAAGCAAACUUUGACUUUCUAAUCAUUCGAAACAAAUGUCAUUUCAUUAGCGUUCAAUUUUUUCUGGCGAAUAGAUCCUCAAAACAUGUAAGCUUUGAUAUUUGUGUUGAAAAAUAGAUAAAAUAAAAAUCUUUUAUGAAUUAUUUGUGUUUUUUUUUAAAUAACGGUCGCAAUCGCAUUCCAAUUGGACCAACCGGGAGCAGAAGGAGAUUCUCAUCAGAUUGAUGGAAGAAAAUCCUGAGAUAGCUAAGGGAUUUUCAACAAACCGGGUUGACAUCGAUCGCUCUGAAUAGCUACGGAUCUCCUUCUAAAGACGGUGCGACUUGAAAAAAGGUCUAUAAAUUAAAUUUUAACAAAAAAGGUGUAUAGUAACAAAUGUUUGGUUUCAAGGUUUGGGCUGAUUUUAAAUCCAAAACAAAAAAGAAACUGGUGGAAAAUGAAGUAAAAAGGAAACAGUCGGUAUUCAAUGACAACAAUCUUGUAGCCCUAACCGAGUUCGAGGAAGCUAUUGUCAGGAUCACUUCACUUAAGCAGUCCGUUGAAGGCAUAAGUGCCAGGGUAUUUGGCAUAAUCCAAGUAGAGGAGUCUGAAACGGUGGCGGCUUCUACAUCAAAAGACGUGUCUAUGGCUUCUUGCCUUAAAGAAAAUUUGGAACCAGGCGCAAUAAUUGAAGCCCAAGAGAAGCUGUCUGUACCUUUUAGCAAUAGAGCAAACAAAGACACUCCAGUUAAAAUUCUUCAAAAGCAAAAUGAAGUACAGGAAGUUUUUUUUGCAGAAUUGUCCUCCAAACUGGAUGAUAUUAAGGACGAACUUCACCGAAUGAAUAGGUAUAUACAAAAGGCUGAUGACACACAAAAAAAAAUGUAUGAAGAGAACCGUCGGCACAAUCUCGCCGUGGAAAAAUUAAUGCGCGAGAAGUUAGAGUUAAAGAAAAAAGUCCUGGAUGUGCAACUUGACCAGGUCAUGGCUAAACUAGGCGCUACAUAAGUUUGGGACCCGUCCCACAAAAUAAAAUAAACCAUCGAUUCUGUCACGAGCGUUUCUAGCUUCAAGAAUGUGACUAUUUUCACUUUCAUCCACGUCACUAAAAGCAUUUUCAGUGUGAUCUUCAAUGUGCAAAUUUUCAGCAUUAUCUGCAACUUUGAAAUGAAUGCAGAUGUUGUCCAAGGCUGCGCAAACGUUUAUUAUUUGGGCAGCCUUUUCUGCUGAGUAAUGCAACUGCCUAGCCUUAAGACAACACCUAAAUCUGUUCUUCAGUAAGCCGAUAGUUCGCUCAUUAAUAUUGCGUGCCUUGGAAUGUUGAAUAUUGUACUUGCUUUCAGAACUUCCGGUAAUUGGUGAACGAUAUGGUGUUAUUACCCAAGGUUCUAGGGGAUAGCCUGCGGCACCUGAAUCAAUCAAUGUCAUCAAUGUUUCCAAAAAUGA